AUGGCACGACUUCUUAUAGUGGCCCUGCUGUUAAGUUUUUGUUUUGGUCAAGUCGAGGGUUUAAACCUUGCGUAUAAAAAACCAACCUGGCAAUCUUCUGAAAAGUAUUCCUCUGACAACGCCGUUGAUGGUUUUAUAAAUCGCACAGCAGUGAGCAACCAGUGCGCUAUAUCUGAAGCCUCACCUAUUGAUAUCACGUGGAUGGUUGACCUUGAGGCCAUACAAAGUAUAAUUUAUAUAAUUAUACAUUACAGAACUGAAGACGUACCAUUUGCCAAUAGUAUCUAUGCAAGCAGAUUCCUCGGGUUCUCUGUCUAUGUGUCAAAUACAACGAACAAAGACGAUGGGCAAUUAUGCUACCAUGAAUCAAACCAAACAAAUAUAUUUGAGAUUAUGAAGCUUACGUGUGAAGUACAGGGCCGUUACGUGAUAUACUACAACACACGAAGAGGGAAUGAACACAAAAAACCAGGCUUUUCAUCGAUGGCUUACGUUGAAUUGUGUGAAGUACAAGUAAUUGGUUGUCCCCUAGGAUUUUACUCAAUGGAUUGUGCUAAACCGUGUCCUCAUGGUUGCCGCCACUGUAGCUUUCUUUACGGGACAUGUCUUGGAGGAUGCAACCCGGGAUUUGAGGGUCAUCACUGUGAUAUUUAUAGACGGAGUGAGUAG